UCAACAAAUAUUAAAUACUAACCUCGCUACAGUCGUCGUCAAAUGUAAUUCAAAAUUCGGCAACAUAUAGUAUAUAUCUGAAGAUAUAUGUAUGUACUUAGGGAAUACGAUUCGGUUGUGAAAUAAAAUUACAAUGCAGGCCUCACACAGCACAAUUAUGCUAAUAAAACAACGAUUAGCUGGACUAAUGGCAACUGCAGCAGCAACAGCAGCAAAAAGUGGACGCAAGUAUGCCCAGGACACACAGCCCUUUACAGUGCUGAUCGAGGGAAAUAUUGGCAGUGGCAAGACAACGUUCCUAAAUCACUUUCAAAAGUACGAGAAUGAUGUUUGUCUGAUCACGGAACCCGUCGAAAAGUGGCGCAAUGUAAACGGGGUCAAUCUGCUGGCCAAGAUGUAUCAAGAUCCCAAAAAAUGGGCGAUGCCCUUUCAGUCUUACGUUACGCUGACGAUGCUCCAAGCUCACACCGAACCUACAGACAAGAAGCUGAAAAUAAUUGAGCGCUCUAUUUAUAGUUCACGUUUCUGCUUUGUGGAGAACAUGUUCCGCAACGGUUCGUUGGAACUGGGAAUGUACAACACUCUGCAAGAGUGGUACAAAUUCAUUGAGGAAUCGAUCCACGUGCAGGCCGAUCUCAUCAUCUAUCUCCGCACCUCACCCGAAGUAGUAUACGAACGCAUGCGGGAACGUGCUCGCUCCGAGGAGAGUUGUGUGCCCCUUAAGUAUUUGCAAGAGCUGCACGAACUACACGAGGAUUGGCUGAUACACCAGCGACGUCCUCAGCAAUGCAAGGUUCUGGUUCUGGAUGCUGAUCUGAAUCUGGAGAACAUAAGCAGCGAGUAUCAACGUUCAGAGACAAGCAUUUUUGAUGCAAUCUCAGGUGCACUUCAGCCUCCUGCAGUCUUGGUGUCGCCCAGCAAACGUCAACGCAUGUCUAGAUAACUUACAAAAUAAGAAAAAAGUAGAUGAUUGGACAACGUUUGCAGCCAGCAGAAAAACUUAUUUAUAAUCUUAGACUUAAGCGCAUUACC